AUGGAUGUUAACAGUUAUGAUGUAUAUCGUCGUGAAACUCCUAAAGAAUCUAUUUUAGAAAGUAAAGUAAUUUACAUUAAUGGAAAGUCAAAUUUAAUGUAUUUAAUUGAUAAAUGUAUUAAAGCACUUGAAAGAACAUCAGAUUCAGUUAUAUUUUUUGCUUUGGGUGCUCAAAUAAAUAAGGGUUGUCUUGUAUUAGGAGAAUUACAACAAAGAUAUGGAUUUACAUUAGAUUUUGAUAUUUUUACAAAAACAGAAAUAAUGGUAGAUGAUCUUGUACCAUAUUUAGAUGAUGAAGAUAUUAAAACUAGGGAAAGAUUUAAAUCUUCAAUGAUUUUUCCUCCUAGAAUAGCUAUUGUUGGUGCUGGUCCAUCUGGAUUAUACACAAGUACAGGAAUAAUAAGAAAAUUUAAAAAUGCUUAUAUAGAUAUAUUUGAUAAAUCACCAGUUCCAUAUGGUCUUGUAAGAUAUGGUGUUGCACCAGACCAUCAAGAUGUUAAAAAUUGUAUACAUCAAUUUGAAAAAUUAUUUAUAAAUAAUUCUAAUAAUGUUUCAUUAUUUUGUAAUGUAAAUAUAGGUCACGAUGUAACAUAUAAAGAACUUUGUCAAAAUUAUGAUGCAAUAAUUUUAGCUUAUGGUGCUUCUAAAAAUAGACAUUUAUCUAUACCAGGAAUAGAUGCUAUAAAUUGCUUUGCCGGAGGUGAUUUUGUUUCUUGGUAUAAUGGGGCACCAAAUUUCAAUGCUCCUUUAUUAGACAAGAAAUAUGCUGUUAUUAUUGGUAAUGGCAAUGUUUCUUUAGAUUGUGCUAGAAUUUUAUUAAAAAAUGUAAAGAAUCUAACAAAAUAUGAUAUUACAAAUAAAGAAUUACAUUUAUUAGAGGAAUCACGUGUAUCCGAUAUUAAAUUAUAUGGUAGAAGGGGACCAGAGAACACAUCAGUAACAAUAAAAGAAUUUCGAGAAUUUUUACGGUUACCUUGUGCAUCAAUUAAAAUUGAUAUGUCAUUGGAAUAUUUUAAUAAUCUUAAUAUUGAUAAAUAUCCUCGUCCUUUAAAAAGAAUUUUAGAAUUAAUGAUAAAUCAUAUUUUAGAACAAGAGAAAAAUGUGGAUGGAGAAAAAAAUGGAGUAAUAGGAUUUUAUAAAUCUCCAGUUAAAGUUCAUAAAAAUUCAUCAAAUCGUAUUGAAGCAUUAGAUAUAAAAAAUAAUUUAACAAAUGAAAUAAAAACUAUACCAUGUGAUUUAUUAAUUUAUGCUAUUGGUUUUGAAACGUAUAUAUUAAAUGGAUUACCACAAAUUUCAAAUAAAUUAGCAAUGAAAGAUUUUUACAGAGUAGAUAAUUCAAAUAUUGAUACUGAUUGUUUAACUUAUGCUACGGGUUGGUGUAUUCAUGGAGCAAAAGGUGUUAUUGCUAGUACACAAGCUGAUGCAUUUGGAGUUGCAGGAGAAUUAUAUAAUGACUUAUGUAAUAAUAAAUUUGGAGAGAAAAAGGGUAUUAAAACUUUACUCAAUAAUCGUAAAAUUAGAUAUAUUAAUUGGGAUGAUUGGAAGAAAAUCGAUGAAAAAGAAAUUGAACUUGGUAAAGUAUAUGGAAAAGAAAGGGAAAAAUUGCAAAAUGUUUUAGAAGUUUUAGGAAAAUAA